AUGGGAUAUUUCCUGUUCGGGAAAGGUCAAUUGUUUCCCGUUUGGGAAAUAUGUAUUUUUCGAUCGGAAAAUGGUGUGAUAGUGAAGGAGACCUUAGAAGAUGAUGCAACAUUAGAACAUUAUGCUGACCACUCACGUAUCGACUCGUAUUCUUAUUCUUCAGAUUUACGAAUGUUGCAGCCGUUGAAACAUAUUUUAAGUCAAAAACAGUUGAUUUUGGCAAGUGGCUCGCCGCAACGAAAAGAAAUUUUAAAAUCAGUUAAUUUAAAAUUUGAUAUAGUUGUCUCAACAUUCGAGGAGAACUUGGAUCCAAAAAAAUAUUUAACAAAUGUACAUGAAUACACAAUAGAUACAGCUCGUCAUAAAUGCAUCGAAGUUUAUAACAAGUUAAAACAACAUCAACCACAGAAUAAUCAUCUCAUAGUUGUUAGUGCAGAUACAAUGUGUUCAUUUGGAAAUGUAAUAUACGGAAAACCAACGAGCAAUGCCAAUGCGUGUGAGAUAUUGAAAACAUUUCGUGGUAAUACACAUCAAGUUUACACAGGUGUUUGUAUUAUGUAUAAGCAAAGAGAGUACACAUUUUAUGAGUGUACAGAUGUGACGAUGGACGAUAUUGAUGAUCAAACAGUUGAAUUGUAUGUAGAAACAGGUGAGCCAGUGGGUAAAGCUGGCGCAUACGCAAUCCAAGGAAUUGGAGCAACAUUGAUAAAAAAAAUAAACGGUGAUUAUUUCAAUGUAGUGGGUUUUCCGUUGAAUCGAUUUUGUGUAGAAUUAAGACGUAUUUUACACGAUGAAUUGUCGGCAUGA